ACCGCUUCAUAUCUUAAUGAGCCCUAUAGCAAGAAGAGAACAAAAACCUAUAUGGAAAAUGCAGUAAUCAAAAUGGACAUGGACACAACUAUACAGGUCGAUCCUCAUACGGGUAUGGUGAUGAAUCUAAUUGAUCUAAAAAAAUGUAUGAGAGUCGCUAUAUUGGAUGAAUUGGACCAUAAAAAUUUGGAUCUCGAUGUUCCUUAUUUUGCCAACUGCCCAAGUACGACUGAAAUGUUGGCGGUUUUCAUAUGGAAUAAUAUACAAAAGCAUUUGCCAAAGGGUAAGUAUGAAUUAUAUGAAGUAAAAAUUCACGAAACCGAAAAAAACGUUGUUAUAUUUCGAGGCGAACUUUCUUCAACUGAAGAUGAAGUAUAG